AUGAUCGCCAGGCGGAGAGAGCUUGGAGAGCUCGAUUUUGAACUUUCCCUCACCACCUCCCAACCCACCAUGCAACGCAUAACCCACUCCAUUCGAUCCAUUGCCCUUCGUGCUCCCCUAAGGCGCACUGCCCUGCAACCGUUGCCUGUCCUGUCCAGGGUCCAUGCGACACCUCUGAACAGCCGUGGGUUCGCCCAUUCGCCCACCCUAUACAAGAAGAAGGACAAGGCCAAGAAAGGCUCUGAUCCCGAACCGGAGGAGGCCAUCAACGCUGCUGAAGAUCCUUUCGACCUUUCUGGCCUGCACAAUGGGAUUUCCGCCGCCAUCACCCGGUUAAAGGACCAUCUGUCCAAGCUCCGCGCCGGAGGCCGGUUCAACACCACAGUCUUGGAGGGUUUGAGAGUCCAGCUGAGCAAAGAUAGCAAAGACUCAAUCAAGUUGGGAGAUCUUGCUCAAGUCGUUCCCAAAGGAGGGCGCAUGGUUACUCUUUUAGCUGCCGACGAGGAUCACUUGAAACCUCUGACUUCUGCCAUUGUCUCGUCAAACCUCUCCUUGACCCCCCAGCCUGAUCCACACAACGCCCUCCAGCUCAACAUUCCUAUCCCACCACCUACGAAAGAGUCCCGGGACAAAAGCGUGCAGGCGGCAAAGCAGGCAUUUGAAAAGGCGUCCGGCUCAGUCCGCGACUCUAGAGGUGCCCUACACAAGCGUCUUCAAGACCUACAGAAAAAGAAGCUAGCUCGACCUGACGAUGUGCGCAAAGCCCACGACCAGAUGGAGAAGGUGGUAGACCAGGGCCACCGGGAUGUCAAGGAGGCAUUUGACGCUGCUAAAAAGACUCUCGAACAGGCAUAA